CUGAUUAUAUCACAGUCAAUCAAAUCGCUGGCAUAACUCGAACGUGGCUUCAUUUCAGCCUGCGGUGAUGUCUGAGAUUUUAGAAAUGAUGAGUGACGGGCAGAUAGUCCGAUGUCUGACGGCUGACGUUAUUUGGUCCGGAGUCAGACUGGAAAGACCAGUCGGUGACAUGGACCUACAUUGUCCUGCUGUUCAGCAGCUGCACAAGAUGUUACAGAACCCUGCAGACCGUCACUCAUCUUCCAGGUGUAGAACACACUCUGCUCCUCACCCUCAGGAACACUAAGCCAUGUCGGAUAGCACAGAUAAGACGACCGUGAUCCAACCCCGGCCGUUCAUCCUGUCCUCCACGUCCAACGAGUGGUCCACCGGCGUCCUCGACUGCUUCCAGGACCUCCCCCAUUGUUGCUUCGCCUUCUGGUGCCUGCCCUGCUUCACCUGCAUAACGGCCCACGAGGCCGGCGAGUGUCCGCUGCUGCCGGUGCUGGACGCCUUCGGGCUGAUCCCGCCGAUGACCACGGCCCUCAGGGUGUCGGUGCGCCAGCGGUACGGCAUCGAGGGAACGGUCUGCAAGGACUGCGUGUACUCCUGCUUCCUCGGGCCCUGCACCUGGUGUCAGAUAUCCAGAGAGAUCAAAAUCAGGACCAAGCCGAUCACUGACGUCAAGAAAUAACUGAACACUCCGAUGCGAGCAGUGAAAAACAAUUACAGAGAUUUAACAACCCGAUAAGUCAGUUAUGAUGCGAAAUGUGUUUGAUGAAAGGGAAUAAAAUGUUUUUGGACA